CAACAAACGCGCGCGCUGUGAUCAUUUCUUACCGAACCAAAACAACCAUGAAACGAUUUUUUAUCGCCGUCUCGCGCUACACGAGUUAAAAUCCAUCGGAGGCAACCACAAGCGAGCCUCUAGCCCCAAUCAAAACAGAAAAGACAAGGGCCUUCGUGUUUGUCCAUUUGCUUAUGAAUCAGCUGUUCAAAUUCCCAGCAGUACCGCGUUUCGCGUACUAGUAUCGCACGUGUUCGAAUGUGUGUUCUUCGGUACUCGGUGAUUCGAAUAUUUUCGAAAUGUCCAAGAGAGACGACUCUACCACAACUGAUGCUAACGAACCCCUCAUAGUGAAACAUGGAAAUACCAAGGUAGAGGAAAUCAUCAAGGCACAAGCACAUCCUGUCAAGAGGAACAAAAGUGUAGUUUUACUAGAACACAGAAGAAAUGAGAAAAAGGAGGAGAAAUGGCGUAUGGUACCACCUGACGGGGGAUGGGGGUGGCUAGUACUAUUUGGCGCUACCAUGGUUAAUAUCCUUAUUCCAGGAAUGAUCAAAUCCUUUGGAGUUUUAUUCGUGGAAUUCGGAGAAGUGUUUGAUGCUAGUAAAUCUGAAGUGAUGUGGAUACCUUCACUUUGCUAUUUUUUGUACAGUUCGUUAGGUCCUUUGUCUAGCAUAUUAUCUGUAAAAUACUCCUAUAGAUUUGUAACCGUGAUUGGGGGAGCAUCGGCCGCCCUUGGUAUGAUUUUGAGCUUCUGGGCAAACUCGGUAUACUACCUCUACUUCUCGUACGGCAUCCUAGUUGGUUUUGGUGCUGGACUUUCAUUUCCUCCAACCGUAUACAUCGUAUGCAGCUACUUUGUCAAACUAAGAGGGGUAGCAAAUGGUAUUUGUAUAUCAGGAUCUGCGUUUGGAUCCAUUCUCAUUCCACCAUUGCUCAGGAUCAUUCUAGAUACUUACAGCACCAGAGGCACGAUGCUGAUAAUGGGUGGACUGACGUUAAAUGUUUUCGUGGCUGCACUAUUCUACGACAAAGUAGAACUUCACAUGAAGCGUGAGCCCAUCGAAAAGAAAGACGAAGAACCAGAUAUCCUACAAGCCAAGUUUAUAAUCAGCCAGGAAGACAGUCUGCCCUCCUUACCCCACACAGACUCAUUCUUAGAGCAAAUUGAUUCCUCGGAAGGCAGUUUCAACCGCAGUGCGUCCAGCGCUGCAGUGCAAAACCUGAAGAGCAAAGAGCAUAGAGAACGCAAAAUCAGUAUGCCCAUGGGAAAACACGAAGUGAUGAAAGCUAAAGCUGGUCACAGCAUGAGCAGCAACAGUACCUUGCAUGCUGUUCCAGAAAAGGAAAUCAAUGGUGGUAAAGCAAUGGAGAUUUAUUCCCAAAGCAGAGUACCAAGCACUAGAAGGAGAUCUGCACCUAAACGCAGUACUUCGACUAGCUCGUUCCAGUAUAUAAGUACUCCAUACCAUGGCAGUACUUUGACCUUACAGCCAGAAAUCUUUGCCAGCUCUUUUAGCUUGAAAUCGAGUGCUAAGGGAAAAGUUAAAGAAGAAGUGAAGAAGCCAAAAUUGUUCGAUAUAGGCCUGCUUAAAGAUCCCAUAUAUCUCGUUAUCUUAAUUUCCAAUGCUACUAAUGCUAUCAGUUACACCAACUUUUUAAUUCUACUCCCAUCUUACGCACAGACUUUGAACUUCGACAAAAAUCAAGGAGCUCUCUUGCUCUCAAUUGUAUCGGCGUUAGAUUUAGUUGGAAGAAUAGGCGGUUCCGCCUUGUCAGAUCUCACGACUUUCCCAAAAUGCUGGUAUUUUGUUAUUGGACUACUUGUAUCAGGCAUAUCUUUAGGCUUUAUGCCUCUCUUCGGAAACUACUGGGUCAUAGCAGCAUUUUGCUCUUUAUUUGGCUUAUGUUCGGGCGUUUAUGUAGGUGUCACAGCCAUUGUGAUGGCUGAUAUGCUCGGUGAAGAGAGAUUACAAUCCACAUAUGGGAUGGGAUUAUUCGUCAAUGGGAUCUUACAGCUCAUUGGACCGCCGCUAUGUGGAUUGUGGUACGAAACUGUCAGAUCUUAUGUAUCUCUAUUUAUUUCUUUAGGUAUCACGAUAACUGCGGGUGCUGCGUUAUGGAUAUUUGUUCCUUGUUUUCAAAGAAGAGCCAAAGAAAAGGAAGAUAAUAAGUUAUCCGCAUAGGUUUAUGCUUAGAUGUAGUAGGUAACCACUUUUUAGAACGUCAUAAUACCAUUCCAGUGAUCCUUAUAUCAGUUCAGUAGCUUCAGAAGGUGUGGGAACAAAUUUUCAAAGAGUAACUCGAGAACGAAAGAGUGACAUUUCCUAUUUCAAAUUAUUUGUUUUUGAUAUAAAAAAAUGAAAAUAGCCAAUGAAUGAAAUUCUUCUGGAUCUUACCACACAGGCGAAAUCAACAUUUUCUAAAUAUGUAGUUAUAUUUUUCUACUGAAUCAAUUUGGGCAUUAACUAUAAGCUACUGAGAUCUUUCUGGAUCAAAUAAUGCCUAGUUUGCCAUUCGAUGCGUAUAGCAUGGAAUAUUAUAGUAUUACUAAACAUAAUAUAGAUAUAAUUUUAAUGUGGAUGAACAAAGAACCAAUAAGAACUGUGAUUUCAACCGAAUAUCGUUAAGUAUAUGCAUUUUGAUUUUUUGAGUAAUAUUGUUGACAUGCUGUGUACCGGUUUUACGAUAGAUUUGUAAAGGACCAGAAACAAUAAUUCCGUCAAUCAAUUCGGAUCCUUUGAUCACUGAGUAUGUGUUGGAAAAUUUGAGCAUAUUUUAUAUUAUGCACUAAACAGUUUGGUGUUUGGAAUUAGUUUCUAAUUAAAGACAAACCAAGACAGAAUGAGAAAGAAUGCGGAUAUUUCUUUUGAUUUAUUGGCUGGUUUUUAAUAACUAGUAUAGUCUUUAACUAGAAGGAAUAUUUCAUUGUUUGUGGAUGUUGAUGUGUCUUGAGAACAAGAUAUUUUUGUUAGUUAUAUGGUUUUUAGAAUGUUUUUUCUAAUAUUGUAAUCUGUAUACUGUACAUGUCCAUAUACAUUUAUUUGUACGCAUGCAGGGUACCUUGCCAAUUUACCAAUAAAUAUUCAUAUAUUGAUAUUGUUACGUUUAGUCUUCAAAACUUCAUCUGUCUCGCAUAGUUGUGGAUAUCUCUCAAGACCGUACGCAGGUCAAAACGGAAUGGAGCGCACCUUGAAAAAAAAUUUUGCUGGAAGUUCCACAAAUCAUAUCCACUUAACUAUGCUUGAUAUCUUUUUUAUAUUUGCAUUCCAUUGUUUUAUCCAUUUAUAUAAUCUUCCACGAUAAUUUGACAAUUCGUAUGUAUAUGGAAAACAACUAGGGUUACUUUUUACAAAACUUAAAUAUAUUGCUAUAGCAAAUUUAUAUACCUAUUUUUUGGGCGUACAUAUCCCUCAGAGGGUGCUCAGGCAAGUCAAUAGGUCAGGGAAGUGCUCUAAUCACGAAAAAACUUCAAAUGGAAGAAUAAUUUUCAGAUAUAAUAUAGGAGGUACAUUUGGCGUUCGCCAGGUAAUCCUUGGCCCUCUAUUACAGAUAAAAACAUACUUAUAGUUCAUGUUAAUCAGUCCUGUUAUUAUAGAGUAACUGUCAACAAAAAUUAAUUUUAGCAUUGAUCCUUCUAUAAUUUGGAAAGUAUCACUGGAUUUUGUAGAAAUUUUGAAAGGCCUAUCUAAUGGUACCAGUAUUGUCACCAAAAAAUGUAUAACUCCCCCUGACUUUAUACUUUUUUCUUCGUUUCUGAUUUUGAACGCAAUAAAACAUUUUCUUGGCGGAGAAUUCAGAAAGAAGUCAACUUUGUGGAAAUAUUUUAAAACGUAAAUAGUUUAUUCGAAGGAUUCAAAGAUUGUGAAAUCCAGCAAAACUCGUUUUUCAAAUUAUAAUCACCCAGUCAGUUUUGUUGCUCCAAACACAACACGAGCAAUACGAGCUGUGCAAUUAGAAAAUAUGUGGAGUGGAAUCUGCGUUGAAAAAUUUAAAAACCGCUGAUCCAUAAAGGUCACAAAACUUAUUUGACCAGGCUAACUAGAAAAAUGUGAACCCUGUUGUAAGAGAAAUUGUACAGAAGUAUUUACCAUAUAUAUUCUUUAGAGUGAAUGCUAAGGCCCCUCAUUUCCGAAUAAAAGC